AUGGCCAACAUUCAUCCACUUCCAGAAAUCCAUAACAUGAUGCAAGAUGCAUCCAAUAAGACCAAUGCGACUUCAUUCGUUCCUCAUCCCUUAACACCUAUGGAAUUGUAUCAUAUUCUCAAUUUCUCUACAACCGCACCAUAUAUACCAAUAGAAUUAAUUCUGGUGGUGCUAUCCGUUGUUGUUUACGUAUACAAAUUUAAGGAAAUGAAACGUAAUCAACAUGUUUUAUUUGUCAUGCUGUUUAUCUUGCAAGCAGAUGUCAUCCUUGACCUUGCAUUGAGAAUCCACAAUGAAGCAAGUGGAUACGAGCUCAAUCGAACAACUGAUGGAAAACAAAAUUAUCUCACCACUGGCGUUGCGGUGGCUCAUCGCUGCGUCAUCAACUUUUUGGUGCUUUGGCAAUUAUGGAUCAUGUAUUUUCUUUGUUCUGUAUUCUUACAAAUAUGCCGCGAUACUAUGGCAAUAUCCUCAAUUGGAUACAAGUGCUUCAAAUUUGCAAACAUUGCCACCAUUGUGAUAAUUAAUAUUUUCUUUGUCAGUCAUACUCUUUACAACAUUAUUAUGGGAGCUAUUAAUCUUCAAGGAGUUUUGAUCGAUUUUGCUGUGUACAUACCUUUGGAAAUUGCGCUACUAGUAGCAGCUGGUGUGUUGUUCUUUUCCUCAACUCUUGUGUUCUCCAUUCUUCUUAAUAUUAUUAGUUACAAAUUAGAAUCUUCUCUUUCAAAGAGUAUGGUUAAACUCAAACAAAUGAUGAAGGGUAACGAAGAAUUUGUGAGUAGAGAACAAGCGGCUACCCUUCAUUUCAAGCAAACAACAUUGAGAAAGACCAGAUUGAUGCAUGCUGGUCUGUCCAUAGCUAUUUUGAUGGAGUCAUUUGGUUUUCUUUGCAUUUCGUUUUACGUUAUCAACGUUUUCUUUGGUUUUGUAUACUUGACUUUGGCGAAUUUUGGAAUUUUAAUUUUUGUUUCAUUGCUUAUUGGAAUCAAUGCUCCAAUGAAAGAAGUUCAGCAAUUCUUCCAAAAAUAUGUGAUUGAUAAGGGUUCAGUGGAUGCAACAAACAAAGAUAGAAACUCUACUCAAGUUCCAGCUGUAGAUGUUAAAAACAUUUGCUAA